AGAACUGCAGAAAAUCUGCAAUUUUAAUUUUUUUUAGAACAAUAAUUAAAGAAAUUAUUUGCAUUGCAUGCUGGGUAAGAAAUGACAAGACACAGCAUCUACCGAAUAUGUGCAUACACUAUCAAUACAAUUACGUUCAUCACACUCAUUGUUUUGUUCAUAUUAUUUGAAGGAAUCACGUCUCCAUUUAAUCGAGGAUUUUUUUGCAAUGAUGAGAGUAUACAAAAGCCAUAUGUUGCAAAGCAGACAGUACCAGUAGCCAUGUUGACUGGAUUAGCAGUGGGAGUGGUUCUAAUUGUAGUCAUUGGUUGCGAUAUUUAUAGUCACUUCCAUUUACAAAGAAGGUAUGGUUCUACCAAUGUUAAAAGUGACCAUGUGGUGAUUGUUGGAGGGAUUCGUAUGAAUACCUGUAUUUACAGAACAAUCUUUCGUUUAUUUUUGGCGUUGAUUGGUGGGCUGAUGUGUUUAAUUGUAACUGGUAUUGGCAAAGUAAUGGUGGGAAGAUUGAGACCGCAUUUUCUAGCUGUAUGCAAACCGGAUUAUAGCAAGUUUAACUGCUCUGCCGGAUACAUUACUUUCGAUGUGUGCACUGGUACUGAUGAAAGAGCACUUAGGCAAGCCAGGUUGUCAUUCCCGUCUGGCCAUUCAUCAUUUUCUGCAUACACUGUCGUUUUUGUUGCAUUAUAUAUUCAGUAUGUUUUUAUCACAAAAGGUUUUUCUUUACUCAAACCCUUCGUGCAGUUAUCCCUUGUUUGUUUGGGUGUGGCUUGUGGUCUUACAAGAAUAUCUGAUUAUUUUCAUCAUUGGUCCGAUGUACUAGCCGGUUUAUUGCUAGGGUUGCUGUUUGCGGUGUACACCGUGUACGGUCUGAUGAAAUUACCAGCUGAAGAGAAAAAGUUGCGUGAAAUCAACGCAACUCGUACAAGAGAUGACGUGGAAAGUCAAUUUACAUCCAUCCCUGCAAAUGUACCGACAAACUAUGGCUCUGUUAAUGCUGAGAAGGGAGAUUAAAAUAAUUUUUUUACUCAUUAAACUUUUUUUAUACAUUGGAUUCCCUUGAUAAUGAUUUGUAUGAACUUAUACUUUUUCGCGAACUUAUAUUUUUGUGAUGCAUGUUACCUUUGUGUGUGAUAAAAUAAUAAAAAAAAUCAAGCAAGGCUUUUAUUGAUUUUUGUUUGUAUUUUGAGUCUGCUAAAUUUGUGUUUUUGCUAAAAUGCUGAAAUAAAUAUCGCAUAAGUCAUUACCGCAAAAAAAUGACGUCAUGAAUUUAAUACAUAUAUUUUUGUUUGUAUCUGUGAUGCAUAUACAGUGUUUUGUAUUUGCUUCUCGAAAUUUGUAUCUGUGAUGCAUAUACAGUGUUUUGUAUUUGCUUCUCGAAAUUUGUAUCUGUGAUGCAUAUACAGUGUUUUGUAUUUCCUCCUCGAAGUUUGUAUCUGUGAUGCAUAUACACUGUUUUGUAUUUACUCAUCGAAUAAACGCUUAUUUUAUAAUUUUUGAUAUAUACAGAUUUGAUAUGUUUUUCUGAGAGUAGUUUUAUCCCCUAAUAAAUAAUACGUGAUAGAACAUGUGGCAAUUAACCUGUUUCUUAUACUAUUCUGCGAAAGUUAAAAUUGAUAUACUUCCGAAGAAAAAUCGAUUUUUUUUGCAUGUUUUGUGUGUUUGGCUUAUCGAGUUUAAAACAAACAAACUUAUGUUGUAAUUCAUUUUGUUGUUGCGUUUCAACCUUCUCUGGGAGUUCUUAGAUUAUUUCACAGGGACGGCUCCUAGCCCAGAAAGUACCUACGAAACCCUGGUAUCAGGUUUUUUGCGUUUUUGCGAAAUAAUUUUUUUAAAAAAUUUGUAGCUAGGAAUAUUUCAGAAUUUGUAUUGCAAUUGAAUUGAAAUAUUUAUUUUUUUA